UUGCAGGGUGGCAGCAAUGGUGGUGCACUCAGGACCUCUGACUGUCCCACCAGAAUCCCUCCAUGUCGAAGUGUUGUGAGGGCGUGCUUGUUCAUGGAUCAGCGAUGGCCCUUAGUAGAUGAUUCGAUUCUAGCAUGAUGCAGAACGUAGCCUUGCCCUGGCAAAUUGACUUGCCUAGACACUUGCUUUCUUAAAGAACACAAUUGCACCAAGCGUUGCUUCCAAUUCCAGAGAGCAUGCAAUGGUUCAUUUUGCGAAAGAUCGGGGUUGACGGAUUUGCUGGCUCAUUGUUUUAGUGUUCCUUUGCGAUUGAUUCUAAACUCUGGAUUGAUAUUCUUUCGAAGUUUUGUGUGGCAUAUUGGGUGCGACAAGACUAUGAUCAUUAUGAUCAUCAUUGUCCAUCAUGAAAUGCCACCCUCUCUGACCAAGGUGGCAGUUCGGGCACACAACGGAUGGCCAAGGAGCGAACAGAUGCGAGUAAGAAGAGGGACAAGAUGGACAAGCCGCCAACAAACAUUGAGCAGCAGAAAGUGGAAGAAGAGAAAGCGCGCGCAGAGAAGGAACAAAGAGACAAGGAGAUGAGGGAUAAGGAGCAGAAAAAAGCACAGCGAGAAAAAGAUGAGCGAGAGAAGAGGCAGCAAGAACUUGAGGCCAAGAAGCAGCCAAAGCAAACAGUGAAACCAAAGACGCUGGCAGCACAAAGUUCUUUGGCUGUCAAACUGGAGUUGGUUGAAGACCUGGACAAGGACGAUGCGAAACCGCCCGCUGCAGCUUCGGCAGGUGCUGCACAUGUAACUGCUGUAGCUCAGCCAGAUACAGCUCGCGAUCCAAGGAGAAGACCAUCGCCGUCUGAUCUGAGACAGGAGUCUCAUGAAGAUGAGGAAGCCACACUGAAAGUCUUGGUGGAUCCGUAUUUGGCACCUCAAGAUUCGGCACUUUCAGUUGAAGUACUAAGCCAACCCAAAGCGGUGCCAAAGCCGGUGCCUAAAAGGCGCAGAUUGGUUGCACCCAAGAAGGCAAUUGCAAAAUACCCACCAGCGCCAACGACUCCAAUGACUCCGAUGACACCUGUCAUCUCACAAAGUGAGCAGGAGAAAAAACUGCUCGAGAUCAAGCAGCUCCUACAAAAGGAAACUCAGUCACUGGAGUCUUCCCCCAUGGCCCCACCUCCGCCACCAGCGCCUCCCCCGGUUGGUGCACCGCCGGCGAGCCCAGCUGUGCCCAUGGCCCCGAUGACUCCGCGGACUCCAAAUGCUACGCCAGAGGACGAAGCUCAGGAACGGCGACUCAUGGCCUACUCCAUGCUGCUACUGGGUGGGGAGGAGGAUGCCGAGGAGCAAGCACCCUGGAAGAAGCAAAAACGCCGACGCGCUGUCGGCGUAGAACUGUGAGCGCCCAGUCAGGUUGAGAAGUCAGCUUACUGCAUCAGAAAACGCAAGCAACUAACAAAGCAUUGAACGAAGCUGCAGUGUGGGCAGAAUCAAUCUGACAGUAAGUUGACUCUUCAACAACAAACCAGGAGGGCUGCUGCAGUGUGUAUGGUCAAAGUACCACUCCGAC